AUGAAACGCAGUCUGGGAAGGCCAAACCCAAAAGUGGACAACAAGCCAAAGUCCAAGAUAUCGGCAUCUCGGAAGCUCUCCCUUAAGAUCUUGCUCCUAACCAGAGCAAUGGAAGAGUUGGAAAAGGAGAAAGCAGAUAGGGAUGAGGAGAAAACAAGAUACCUAGGAGAAAAACUACCCCCACUACAGUUCUCAGGACUGUCACUGGAGGAGUUACAGAACCUUUGCAAGCAGCUUCACGCAAAGAUAGAUAUUGUGGAUGAAGAACGUUAUGACUGUGAAGCUAAAGUUAUGAAGCACAACAAAGAUAUUCAUGAGCUAAAGCUCAAGGUUCAGGAUCUGGGUGGGAAGUUUAAGAAGCCGGCGCUGAGAAAGGUGCGAGUGUCAGCUGAUGAGAUGAUGCGAGCUCUGUUGGGUUCUAAACACAAGGGAUCGAUGGACCUCCGUGCCAACCUCAAGUCAGUUAAGAAGGAGGACAUUAAACAGGAGAAGGUACUGACCACUGAAGUGGGUGACUGGCGUAAGAAUGUGGAGGCCAUGUCUGGUAUGGAGGGUCGGAAAAAGAUGUUUGAUGCGGCUGGUGGGGGCCAGUGA